UAGACACAUUUCAAUCAUUAAAAGUGACAUUUUUAAUUAACCUUCCAAAUAAGAAUUAAAUCAACGAUGAAAAACACUAAGAGAACGGAAGAAAAAGUCAACGCCAUAAUUAAUGAAAUUCUUGAUGAGGAUCAAGGAAACAAUUUCAGUGCGACGCAAACUGAAAAUUGUCCAAGAGAUUGCAAGGGUCCAGAUAAUACGCCUAAAGAAACAUCUCAACAAUGCAAGUGUGGUGUGGAGAAUUCGACGAGAUUUUCGCUACGCGUUUUAGAGGCGAUGCGCUUACUGCAACGCGACGUGGACCAGCCAUCCACUUCCAGCGUUGAUGACAUCGUUGAUUACAUCCGAACGAAUUAUCGCCAUGAUGGCGAUCUUUAUGCUCAGAUUCGUCAUGGAAUUGUUGGACAAUGAAUAUCACUUGAUUGGGCCUGUUAGUGUGAAGCCGAAUGGCUGUCCCUUGGAUUGCGAAGGAAAAGUGAAGGACCGAAAGGUCCGAAAAACAUUUGUCGAUCGCGAUGAAAAUUCGAUAGGAGAACCAAGGUUUCAUUCAACCAGAAUAUUAGCCAACGAGAGAAAUAAUGCGGAUUAUCGGGAUACAGAAGAAUUUGAUACUGAAGAAUUAUUACCCUCUUGUGAUUGCAAUGAUAUUUCGGAUAUUCGAAACGACCGACAACAACGUAUUACUGAAAUACGCGAGAUAGAACGACGUGAUGAACGCGCAGAGCCUGUUCCUGGACCUUCUAGAGAUUUUGUAAGAAUUGUUUCACCAAUCAGAAGGGCAAAAAAACCACGAUUAGAAGAUCGAAUAAUGCAACGUGCUGAUGAAAAUGGCGAAGAGACAACUACAGAGGAAGAUAUGGAUUGCACUUGCGAUACCAACGGAGUAACUCAGAUUACCCGAGAGCCUUCGAGGAGACGACCUUUGGAUCGUCCUCGCAUAGUUAGGAAUGGAGAACGUCGCGAAAACGGUGAAGACGAAGAGAAUGAGGAUGAAGAGGAUGAACAAGUGGAAGAGGAAGACGAAGAUGCAGAAGAUAGCGCGUACAGGGAAUUGAGGGCGCGAGGUCCUCGUAGGAGGAGAAAUACGGCGCGCGAACGAGAAUUGAAAAGAUGGAUCCGACGCUGUCGACGAGAAUGUGAACAACGAAGAGCACGAUAAAUCCUAUUCAAUACUAUGCCAGG